UUGAUGGCAAGUGGUCAACAUGGUCAGCUUGGUCAGCAUGUGAUGUAACAUGUGAAAGUGGAUCACAGCUUCGUAUUCGGUCUUGUAACAAUCCGGCACCAAAAAAUGGAGGACAUUAUUGCUUUGGAAAUAAUACUGAGAGUAAAGUAUGCCAGAAAGACCUUUGUCCUGGCCUCAAAACCGUGCAAGAAAUAGCUGCGCAAGGAAGGACUGAACUGCGUCUAGAUCUUACUGCUUCGGGUGGUAAACAGGUGUACGAAGUGUUUGAUCACUUUCGUCUAGGAAAUGCACCAGAUUAUACACUUCAUAUUGACCAUGGUGUAGGCACUGCAGGUGAUCACUAUGGAUUGUCCUUUCAAAACAGUAUGAAGUUCUACACGUAUGACCAUGACAACACUUAUUCUUGUGCUCAAAACCACGGUGGUGGAUUCUGGUUUAGUAAUUGUGCUUACGUAAAUCUCAAUGGACAGUUUGCUCAUGGUGGUGAUAAAGGAGUUACGUAUAAUGACUUUAACGGUGCUCUUGCGACCACAAAGAUGAUGAUGAGACGUUUUUGA